CGCCAAUCAAUAUCAGGCGUAGUUAGUCCUACACUUCACCUCCUACCCUGUGUACCCCCCGGAGUAAGGUUGGGACGCGCAACUCCGCUCUCCCAGUGAACCCGUCCCGUCCUACAGGUGGAAUUAUACCUACCUAGAGUAAUCUUACAGUGUAACAGUUAGUUUCAAACGUCAUCUGGUCAAAGUGAACUCAAGCUACUCAAGCUACUGUGUGUAAGGUGUUAAGGGAUGAAUAUACACCCCAAAGAAAAAAAUUGAAAAAGGUCAAAUGUUGGCGGAUAACUCCGCCAGAGAGCAGAAGGAGGCGGAGAGACGAGGCGGAGUUUUUAAACCUACCGGAGCUGGGAAAAGAAAAGGACAGAACCCCGUGAAACAGAUGGUUGGGGAUCAAAUACCCUUAGAUCUUAGUCUCAGAUCCUCGGAAAGUGAUGUGCAGACCAAAAAGGUGAUUUUAUCCGUUCCUAACUAUAGGAAGAUCUCGAGUUUUCAAUGUGAGAACGAAUAUAUGAAAGAGGAGAAGAAUGAAGUUACCAUAACUCCGGUGAUCAAGACUGAACCCGCCCUGGAUAAGAACUGCAAUGAGAUGAAUAUGGGAAGCACGAUCAUGCAGAGGUUAUUAUCCAACCAUCCUCAGUCCCUCCUUGCUCUUCAGCAUUUCAAGCAGGCGUCCCUUCUUCUCCAGGAGCAGAAUCUACCUGAGGAGACAGAGAUGCAUCAUUCUCUCUGGAGCAGUCUCGUCUCGUCCUCUCUCACUGGAGAUGUUAUCUGUGAUGACAAGAAGAAAAUACAUCGUUGUGAUUUCUCCGGGUGUGACAAAGUGUACACCAAGAGUUCUCAUCUCAAAGCUCAUAAAAGGACCCACACUGGAGAGAAACCAUAUGAAUGUAGUUGGGUUGGAUGCGGUUGGAAGUUUGCAAGAUCAGAUGAGUUGACCAGACAUUAUAGAAAACAUACAGGUCAGAAACCGUUUAAAUGUCAUCUGUGUACAAGACAGUUUUCUAGAUCCGACCAUCUCUCCCUUCAUAUGAAGCGUCAUUAGUACCCGCAGCAUGGUUUAAACCUUUCUCAGGGAACUUUAUACGAGCUGUAGGAAGAGCUUGAGACUAUAGUCGAACCUAAACCUGAACCUGAACCAGAACCAGUGCAAUAAAAUGAAGUCAAUGCAACCUCACUAUUAAAACCUAUCUUUAAUCCCAAACCAUUUCAUUUGGUUAGGGUCACAUUUAGCUGUGCAUUCAUAUACUUUAUACAUUUUGAUGUUGAACAAUGUAAUGUGAAGAUUGUAUAUGUAGUUUAUCUAAAUGGGUACAUGGCAUCAAAAACGUAUCCUGCACACACAUGAUCCAGAUUUUAUAAUAUAAUCCUAAAUUUGUUAAAGUUCCUUAUACACUAGAAAUCCUGAAUAUAAAUCAUAAUACGUAUUUUUUACAAAGUCCACGAUCGUACAUUUUUCAAAUAUGUUAUGUCAACUUCAUUUGAACGGAUGUUGCAAAAUAGUUUGUGCAAACUUCACAGUAUCAAUUUUGCAAUUCCUAUUAACAAGAUACCGUAAACAUAGAACUUUAAAUGGUGGGAAACUUAGAAUUUUAUUUCCCAAGUGUAGAAUCAGUCUCAUGUAAAUCCAUCCUAUCUUCAUGGAAUACAACUUUCCCGCAUUCCUAAACUGUAAACCGUAUCCUGUUCAGUUCCUGCUCUCUAACCUGUUUAGUUCCUGCUCUCUAACCUGUUUAGUUCCUACUCUCUAACCUGUUUAGUUCCUGCUCUCUAACCUGUUUAGUUCCUAACUCUCUAACCUGUUUAGUUCCUGCUCUCUAACCUGUUUAGUUCCUAAUCUCUAACCUGUUUAGUUCCUCAUCUCUACUAUGUUUAGUUCCUACUCUUUAACCUGUUGAGUUCCUACUCUCUAACCUGUUUACUUCCUACUCUCUAACUUGUUUAGUUCCUACUCUCUAACCUGUUUAUUUCCUACUCUCUGAGUCUCUAACCUGUUUAGUUCCUACUCUCAAACCUGUUUAUUUCCUACUCUUUAACCUGUUUAGUUCCUACUCUCUUACCUGUUUAGUUCCUACUCUCUAACCUGUUCAGUUCCUACUCUCUAACCUGUUUAGUUCCUACUCUCUUACCUGCUUAGUUCCUACUCUCUACCCUGUUUAGUACUCACUCUAUACCCUAGUUUCUACUCUUUAACCUGCUUAGUUCCUACUAUCUACCCUGUUUAGUUCCUACACUCUAACCUGUUUAGUUCCUACUCUAUAUCCUGUUUAUUUCCUACUCUCUAACCUGUUGAGUUCCUACUCUCUAACCUGUUUACUUCCUACUCUCUAACUUGUUUAGUUCCUACUCUCUAACCUGUUUAGUUGCUCAUCUCUAACCUGUUUAGUUCCUCAUCUCUACUCUGUUUAGUUCCUACUCUUUAACCUGUUUAGUUCCUACUCUUUAACCUGUUUAGUUCCUAAUCUCUAACCUGUUUAGUUCCUACUCUCUACCCUGUUUAGUUCCUACUCUCUAGCCUGUUUGUUUCCUACUCUCUACCCUGUUUAGUUCCUACUCUCUAGCCUGUUUCUUUCCUACUCUAUAACCUGCUUAGUUCCUACUCCCUAACUGCCAUCUUAUCCAUUCAUUACGUGUCCUCUGACAUGACCUGUCCUGACCAGACCUUUGACCUUCCGUGACCUAUAAACAUGAAUCCGUUGAGCUGUAUCAUGCGUUUUAUAUUUCAGAAUUUUUCUUUUGAUUUUUAUGGUGUGUACUAUUAUACAUGUACUCUAGCUUACCAAACUUGAUGUUGUUAAUUGUAUUUAACUGUAACGGUUAGUUUCUUGUUUACAGUUUGUUUAUGUACACUUUGUUUAUAUUUAUCCCUGAUAUUUACCCGAAGGGAUACGGUUACAAAACAGCAUUUGGACUACAGAAAAGAUUUUAUUAAUUGUAUUUUUAAGAAAAGAUUUUUUACAAAAUUUGAUAAUAAAAAUUUUCAUUUCGAAUUUCACAGACGAUCGAAUACUUGAAAAAUUGCACAUUUGCAGAAAAUUCAUUUCUACCAAACAACUGCAAGAUUUUUAAGGAUUAAUUCGUGGAUUUUCAUCUUUUCUUGCUCGGUUUAAAGCUGUGAGUUUAAAUAUGGGAACAUUGUUAGUAAACAAACAAACACGUUUUGUAUUCAGACUGCUGUCACGUGAUUUUUAGAAUUUGUAUGUUUAGACUCAAUGUGAUAUAGAUUUAGAAAAUUUAAUUGUGAAUAAUGAACAUUGAAUACGGCCUAAAUUAUCAUAAAACAUCUCCUAAUAAUAUUAUUAAGAAACCUUUUAAACAAGUUUCGUCUUGUUUUUCGAAAAACAUUAACCUCAAAGAAAUGAUAAAUUAUCACUUGAAAUUCAAACUUAUUUUUCAUCAUUGAUAAUAUUUGAAAUUUACCAGAACACGUCAGACUAAAAGUCCACGGAUUUUAAUUUUUUUUCAGAAAUAUAAAAAAAUCUUCUUUCAAUUUGGUUAAAGCUUAUAUUAUUUAGAUGCAUGGUCCUUAGAGCUUAGUCUCACGAUAAAAACAAACAUAAAACUGGUUUUAUGUUUGUUUUUAUCGUGUGCUUAAGCUUGCCACCUGCUAGGCUGUUUUCUAGGCCAUCAAUCCAUCCUUGUAGAAAUUAUAAUUUAGAACAUCCAAGAAUAUUGUCAAGAAACAAUUGUAAUCAAUCCAUAAUACAAUUUACUACCAUAUGACGUCAUGUUUAUCCUUAAUUUUACGUCAUUGGUGCAGGGUAUUUCGGAUUUUUAGAAUUCAUUUUGAUUUUAUACAACUGUUAAGAAAAGUUAAUCACAUAUAUCAUUUUAAACAGCUCCUUAGUUUCAAAUUUCAGAACAUUGUGUUUUUUUUUUAUUUUUAUGAAUUGAUUUAAAUGACGUUAGGAUUAGGGCAGUCCGAACCAAAUGGAUAAAUUUGAAAAGAAAUCUAAUUUUCAUUUUUGUACAUAUACUUACAUAACUCAAAUAUCCUGGCUUAGCAUACAUAUGUGAUUUUCUUUUUUAUUGAGACUGUCCAUAAUCGCUCAGAUAUUAGCUUAAACUGAUAGAUAACUUUACACGUCCAUUUCUGUAGAGCAUGUUUAGAUAAACUUAGUUCCGCGGCAUCCUAAACAUCCAGUCCAUUUAGAACUGUCAUGGCGGACUUUUAGCUACUGUAGAUAUGUAACCGGUUCUAGAACCGCGUAGUUUCAAUGGAACACGCAUGCGAAUCUUAGGAUGAGAUUUACGUACAAAAUUGUACCAUAUGUACAUAUGAUCAGUAGUCUUUGUAGUACCAAAAAGUACAUGAUUUAUAGUGGAGAACAGGUUCCUACUGGUUUUUAAAUGUUCAUGUACAUUAUUAGUACAUUAAUAUAAUGUAAAGCGUGGUACUGUAAUGUAAAUUGUACACUUACAGUACAGUACACACGGUCUAUUUGAAAUGUGAUAGGCUAAACCUGUGUGUUGUAAACUAGAACAUGUAUUUAGAAAUUGUUAUAUAGAUAAUAAAAUAUUGAAAUGCGUUA